CCAGCGGCAGAAGAAGACGAAGAAGAAGGACCCAGAAGCAGCCCGCCAAUUGUCUGUUUGUGUUUCUGUGGGACUUUGUAGCAGUGGCUGAUGUUUUGUCGACCUCUGUGGAAAGGGACAUUUCUUCUGCAAAAAGCGCUUUGUAGGAAGGAUUUAAGGAAGCAGUCUUUCCACAGGUUGUUUCCAGUUGAACCGGUUCCCGUCUAUGAGAGUGACCCACUGCAGGUUAUCCUUCUGUCACACUGCUGCAGGGUCCAGGAUGAGGAAGAAGCUGCUGUUGGAUGUGGACUGUGGCGUGGACGAUGCUCAGGCCAUCAUGAUGGCCCUGGCUGCCCCCAAUGUGCAGAUCUUGGGCAUUACCUGUGUGCAUGGAAACACCUCAGUGGAGAAUGUGUGUAAAAACGCACUGCGAGUCCUGCAAGCCUGCAGUCACCUCGAGAUUCCGGUGUUUAAAGGCGCUGCUAUGCCGAUCCUCGGCGACAGCGGCAUCAGCUCGGGGCACUUCCACGGGAAGGAUGGCCUGGGUGACGCUCCUGACUCCAAGGCUCCCGGUUUGGAGCUUGUUCAGAAGGAAAACGCUGCGAUUGCUAUGAUCAGGAUUGUAAACGAGAACCCAGGAGAGGUAUCUCUGGUUGCCACGGCACCCCUCACCAACUUGGCUCUGGCUGUGAAGAUGGAUCCAUCUCUGCCGAGCAAACUCAAAGGCCUCUACAUCAUGGGAGGCAACACUGAAUCUCGAGGGAACACCACAGUGUGUGGGGAGUUUAAUUUUGCUGUGGAUCCAGAAGCUGCAUACAUCGUGCUUAAAGAGUACCGCUGUCCCACCUACUUGGCCGGCUGGGAGUUCACCUGCUACAACAAGUUAACCUGGGAGUUCUGCGAUGAAUGGUUGGCGCAGAACACCAGUAAAGCUCGCUUCAUGAAGAAGAUCUUCCACCACAGCUACCAGGCGGCGCAGACUGAACGCUUGCAGAAAGAGUGCGUCGGCGGUUCAGGUUUCAUUUCCUGCGACUCGUAUGCAGUGGCUGCCGCCAUAGAUGAUUCGUUCAUCAUAGAAAGCGACCAAUACCCAGUCAGCGUGGAGCUGUCAGGCACGCACACCAGGGGCAUGAUGAUAGUAGACACUGUGGGUUUCCUGAAGGACGCUCGCGAGGUUUGUCUCAUGAGGAAGGUGGACUUGGAGAAGUUCAAGCAGAUGAUGAUGGCAGCUUUACAAUAAUAUUUAAAUCCGCCAGAAGCGGCACCUUUACAGGUUUGUUUUUAUGGGGCGGCUAACAUGGACGUCCAGGUUUGUGAAUGCGAUGAUUGAGGGUCCAAGUCCCUGUUCGAGUAUUAAAAUUGACAUAAUUUCCUUAGGGAUUAAUAAAGUAUUCUAAUUCUGUAUUCUGAUCAAACCACCAGUCGAUGAUUUGCUCAGCUAUAGUCAUGCCUUCAUAUGGAAGAGUUGCGUGGCAUGUAAAACACCCAUUAUUAUGUGAAAGAAUGCGGAGCCUAAAAUAAAGAGCCCUGCUUAACAGAAAGUUUAUAAUCACUGUUGUGAUCGGCCAAUCUCCCGCUAGGAUUUUAGAAAGCCUUUAUAUUUCCUUCAUAAUUACUGUGAUGGACAAGUGUUGUAGUUUUGCUACUGAAACAGACACAUCCCAUGAUAUCGAUGCUCAGAGUUAAUAAGAAGGAAAAAAAAGGUCUUGAAUAAAAAUCAGACUUAUCUUUAUUUAAUGACACUGAAUUUGAGCUCACUCUUAAAUGGACUCAAAAAUGAAGAGUUUGAGCCACAUCUGUUUUUGUUUUGUUUUUUAAUUAUAGUCUAAUUCUGAAGGCGUUGAACUGACUUUAAUUGUGGAAUGACCCAACUGUGAAGGUACAUGGGGAGGACAUGAAGAACUUGAUUUGCUUGUUCUGUGACUGAAGAAACUGUUUGCAAUGGUGGUCAUAAGUCAGCACCCUGCAUAGAGCAGAAACUGCAAGCUACACCUGGAAACUGACUAACAUAGCACUGCCUCUCUGUAGGACACCUCAUUUGUAUAAUGUUUAUACUGUAGACAAGUUUGCUAUCAAUCAGAAGUUCAAUAUAAUGUUUUGAAACAAA